AUGUCGCCGUACACAUUGAAAUUUCUGGAAGUAGCAGUAGUAGCGUUGCACUCCGACCAUCUACUGGCUAUAACAAGAACUGGUGACCGUGUUAUUCGGCCCGAAGGACCAAGCGCCAAUCCCCCUCACAGAGAUGAGUUAGCAGAAACUGAUGCAGAGGAUGACAAUGAAGAUGAAAGCUCCAAAACUUAAAAAAAUAUAUAUUUUUUACUAGUAAUUAUUUCAUAUUUUCUUUUGUAACGUUAUUUUGUGUUUUUUUUUAAUAAUAAAC